AUGAGUACGCGUAAGGAUAGUGAAUUUGUGAAAAGAAUAUAUAUAAAAAAUGAUAAAGGACAGACUAUUAUUGGUAUACUGGAACGUAAAUCACCAAAUAAAAGUACGAAAGGUACAAAGGUUGGAAUUAUUUGCCAUGGAGCCCAAGCUCAUAAAAAUUUCAGUUUUCAACCGGAAUUAGCAAAAAAAUUACCAUUCGAUUCAUAUCGUUUUGAUUUCAGAGGAAGUGGUGAAAGUGAUUUUAUUUCUAUCGAUUAUGGUAAUGUCAAGAAUGAAAUUGAAGAUAUUGAUACAGUAGUAAAAUAUUUAGAAAGAGAGUACGGAUAUCAAUUAUACGCCAUCAUAAGUCACUCUUUAGGAAAUAUUUCAUCAUAUCAAUAUGCAACAAACGUGAAUCGAAACGUUCCACACCUAGUAGCAAUAUCAGCAAGAUAUCAUUUUAAUAUUUUAUUAAAAUUUUACCCAAAAGAGUAUAUGAAAAAAUUUAAAAACGAUGGUUUCAAAGUUGAUGAACAUAAAUUUGAUGGUCAAAUUAAGAGAAUUAUAACAACUUAUGAUAGUUUUUUGAAAUUUAUUUCUACCGAUAUGUCUUUUGUACAUAAUUUACCGGAAUCUACAUCAGUAUUUAUAACUCAUGGGUCAGAUGACGAAUUCACAUCACCGGAUAAUGCAGCUACGUUCUACAAUAUAAUCCCCAAUAAUACGUUAAAAAUCAUCAUGGGUGCAAAUCACGCAUAUACCAAUCACUCUAAUGAAUUGAUUUCGUCAAUAACAGAAUAUUUUUCAAAUGAAUUCCAAUCUAAAAGAUUUUUUGAGAGAAAUAGAUUUAUGUCUAGAAUACCAAAAUAUCUAGAUGUCGAUGGUGUGACGAAUUUUAGAGAUUUAGGUGGUUACCCUUGCAACAUCAGUGGCAGGAAUUUGAAGCAGCGUUAUGUUCGGAAAAGGUUUAUUUUUAGAAGUGGAGAUUUAACUAGAAUCACCGAAAAGGGAAUAAAUACUUUACGCUUGCUUAACUUACACGUUGUGUUUGAUUUUCGAUCAAAUAUUGAAGUUCAAACGAUUGGUUUUGUUGACAUACCAGGAGUGAAUAGAAUACAUGUUCCAGUUUUUAAGGAUGCUGACUCACGAGAAGCGUUAUUUGAGAAAUGGUCAUUAUACGAUCAAGAUUAUGGUCAUUCCAAAGCUUAUAUGAUCAUGUUGGAUGAAGGUAGAUCAGCUUAUAAAGCAGUAUUCCAGCAUAUAUUAAAACAUCCAAAAAAGCCAUUUAUUAUUCAAUGCACCGCUGGUAAAGAUGGAAAUGAUAUAUUUUGUAUGUUGGUAUUAAAAUUAUGUGGUGUUAAUGACGAUAUUAUUGCUAGAGAAUAUGAAAUUACUGAUAGGAAUUCGCAAAAUGAGGUAGUGAUUAAAGAUUAUUACGAGAUAUGUAAAGGUUUUUUUACUAUGGAUCAAAUUAGAAGAAUGAUGGGUGCGAAAUAUGAAUCAAUGAUACUAACAUUACAUGAAUUUGUGAAUAUUUAUGGAGAUGUAGAAAAUUAUUUGAAUAAAUAUCUUGAAUUUACUCAACAGGAGAUUAAUCAAAUCAAGAAUAAUAUUAUUACAGAAAUUACAGAUUUUCCUUCGAAGGGAAAUAAUGAUUUGUAUUUUAAAUCUUAUUUAUAA